AUGAUCUGCACAAAAUUGCCAAAAUGGACUGAGUGCUUAAAAUGUACGCGCAUUGUUACUGGCAGAGUUGAUCUCAUGCAAUUCUCAAAAGUGGUUGCUUUAUCAAUGCAAGGCAAAAAGGAUCCGGGAGGUUUGGCCGGAGAUUACUGGACGAUCCUAUUUGAGGUCUCCUACAGCAAUGAUAUGUUAAAUUUCGAAAAAUAUAAAGAAUUCGGUUGGAUUAAGGAAUUCAACGGCAACUUUGAUUGUGAUAAUAUUAUCCAUCAUCGUUUCACGCGUGUAAUCUUUGCUCGCGUGAUUCGAAUUCACCCGAAAGUGUGGAAGAGCAUUCCUGCCAUAAGAAUGGAACUUUUUGGUUGUUAUUGCGGCUGCCGUGCGCCGAGGGAAUUGGGAAUGAGGAACAGGAGAAUCGGAGAUCAUCAAAUUUGGGCACACGAUGGAAAAUAUGGCGACAACAGCCCGGAGACUGCAAGGCUGUUCUCCAAUACAGGUUGGUUUACUACUACAACGAAGGCAGCACGCUUCGUUAUCACGUUCGACGCGCAAGCAGUAGUAACAAGUAUCAAGAUUCAAGGAACGGCUAAUCGAAACGCUUGGCUGACCAAAUUCCAACCCCAUUAUGAAUUGCACACUUAUGGAUGGAAAACAAGGAAGAAGUAUACUGCUAACAGUGAUUCAAAUACGGUGGUGACCAUUGAUUUAGAGGACAUGGCUGCAACGAAAGUAUUAAACUUAAGGGAUUUUUCAUUUGGUGGCGAAGGAAUUGGUUUAAGGCUAGAACUUUACGGUUGUUAUGAAGAUAUCGACGUCUGUUCCUCGCAGCCUUGCCAGAACGGUGGUAUUUGUCACGACUACUUUGAUGGAUAUAAUUUUUUCAACUGCACAUGCCCAAGCGGUUUCACAGGAGUCUUCUGCGAGUCAGAAAUUUUUGAACCCAGAGCGCUUGGCAUGGAGCAUGGACAAAUUGCAGACAACCAGAUUACCUCCGAUAAACAAUACAGUGACGAGUAUCGCGCUUCUUAUGGGAGACUGAACAACGUAUUGGAAAACAGCAAAGGUUGCUGGUGCCCUGGGGAUCAUGAUGGUGAUCCAUGGUUUCAGGUGGAUUUUCGUGUGGACACGACUGUCACCAGCGUUCACAUCCAGGGGAAUCCUGCCACGAAUGUCGAUGAGAGAGUUACCGCGUUUAAAGUUUCCUAUAGUUUAGACGGUGUUAGCUUCGUUUAUUAUGAACAAAAUGGGUUUGUUAAGAUGUUUAACGGGAAUACGGCACCUGACAUUGUUGCCCCCAAUACAUUUUCGAAUCCCAUCUCCACCCGUUAUAUUCGUAUUCAUCCCAACACGGCCACUGGAGCACACAAAUGUUGUCUUAGAGUCGAGUUCAAGGGAUGUUAUGCAAUUCUCACUUGUUAUUAUCCCCACACGCUGGGUAUGGAAAGCGGACAGAUUUUGGAUUCACAAAUUACAGCAAGCUCUUCCCGGAACGAAACGUACGCACCCAAACGUGGAAGAUUAAAUGGUCAACCGUUCGUGAAGCGAGGAGAAUGGAUGGUUAUGCCGUCUGACAUUCCCGCAGUGUUUGUGGUUGAUUUCGUUGCAAAUACCACGGUGACGAUGGUCCAGAUUCAAGCGAGGACAAGCUCUGUUGCUGGAGUCGAAUACUUUCAGCUGACCUACUAUGAUCCUGAUACUGACGCACAAAAUAACUAUGUCAAACAUGUAGGCUGGACCACCAUUAGGACUUUUAAUGCAAGUACAGAACAAGGUGUUGUGACAAAUUUAACCUUGACUCCAGCGAUUUUGACCACAGUUAUUCAAAUUAAAUCACGAGUGUGCACUGUCGCCUGUUCCCUUCGUGCUGAAUUUUACGGCCGUUACGAAGAUUUCGAUGUUUGCCACUCGUCACCCUGCCAAAACAGUGGCACCUGCCAUGAUCAUUUUGACUUCUUCAAUUAUUUCACUUGCACAUGCGCUGUUGGUUACACUGGAAAUGCUUGCCAAACAGAAAUCAACGAAUGCCUUUCGUAUCCGUGCUUGAAUAACGCAACAUGUGAAGAUCUUGUUAACGCGUACAAUUGUUCUUGUCCCGCGGGAUAUUAUGGAGUUAAUUGUGAAUUUGAAAAUUUAUACCCGAUUGAAAACCUAACACUUCAAUCUGUACCGACUGCAAAGGCAUUUGGUGAAAAUAUUCCUAUUAUUUGGGACAUGGACGAUGGCUCAUACACAUCCGUAGCUGUUUACUACAACGAGAUCGUAUGUUGCAAUGUGGCGAAUUUGAAUCGAAUUGGUGGACAAUGCGAUUGCCAUGUUACAGACCCAUUGCUUUUCGAUCAUGACGGGGUUGUGGAUAUCCGUGUUUUCGCUCGGAAUUCAGUUUCAAACGAAACUUUGAAUUUUACGCUCGAAGUUUUAAAAGUCAUUCAAAAUCCGGUAAUUUCAAUGUUGACGAGUUUUUCCUUCUUUGGCUCUGGGGUAAAGGGUCAAGGAGAGCUUGCCAAUAUAUUUCCAGCCGAGUAUCCCGUAAAGUUGAAUGCAAGCUACAAAAAUGGCCCGGCUACAUCUGUUUUGUGGAACUUCGACUGCGAAACUUCAGGUCAAAGCGAUGCAUCGCAUUAUCAACUUGAGAAAUCUUUUCCAGGGGAUGUGAACCAGCGCUGUGAUAUUACUGUCACCUUAAAAAACAGCAUUAGUACUGUACACGCUUAUGGUAGUAUUAUCCUUAAACAAAGCAUGAUCUUCACCAGUCUAUCAAACGACGGUCCUGUCAAGCUUAACAAAACUAUAACGCUCAAAAUUUUGUUCGAAAAGUUUGCACCAGAAACGUGUAUGUGGAUCGACGUCGGAGACAACAGUUCUCUCCUGGUUUAUGGCGACGCCUCAUGUCAAACAAAGUUUGUCGUUGCUGACAUUAAUUCAAAUAUUGCUGCCACACCUCUCCUGAAGUUCUUUCCUCGAAGUCCAAACACACAAGAAGUUAUUGUUAAACAUAUUUAUCCUAACAUUGGAUCGUUUCGUGUCAGAAUGAGCGCGUCAAAUAAUGUCUCCGCGGUUGCGGAAGAAACGGUCGCUGUUAUCUUGGCUUUAGAAUGCAAAAAUCCGAACAUCACUAUCACGGGCCUGGCUCCAAACUCGUCCAAUAUCUUGAACGCCACACAAGUAUAUCGUUCGGUCUCAAUCUCAUUAUCGCCUGAACUACAACUAGACUGUGAAAAAACCGAAGCAACCAAAGUGACCUGGACAGUAUUUGAUUUUGUGGAUGAUCCACGCAUGUUAAACACAAUCCCGAAUUUGAAAGCGUCCAACUUACGGAAAGCUGUUUACCAUUCGAAUAUUCUCUCUGAGGAUCUGAUUCUUCCACCGAGGGACUUGCCAUACGGUUUCUAUGAAAUCGUUGCUCGUGUUGAAAUGAGUGGAUUACCUGGCGUUUUUGGAGUCGAUUCAUUCUUUGUUGAAAUCGUGCAGACACCUUGGUUAAAUGCUGGCGUACUUGGGGGCUCAUUCCAUACUGUACCAUACGGAAUGUCUGGUGCUCUGAACGCAUCGUCAUCAAUAGAUCCGGAUUUUCUUGGCACAGAUGGAAUGGAGUUUCUUUGGUUCUGCAGAGAUGUUGAUGAUCAUGAAUUUCUGCCGUCAAACUUUACCUUUGAACCAUUGUUAGCAUUCCCCGAGGUACCUGACCCGGAGACAGCACCUGUCCCAACCAUGGACAACACCACCCAGCUAAUUGGUUGUUUCGGAACUGGGCGUGGUCGAUUGAACUCCACUGAUCUCACUCUUCAACUGAAUACCAUUACAAUGACUGAAGACAAAGCGUAUACGAUCUCCCUCUUGGUCAGAAAGACCCAUCCUGAAUUUGGUCUCAGACAGCAUUUGAUAAACGUUUUCUUCUACGUGGCGAGAGGAUUACCACCUUCCCUUACAAUGCGGUGA